CUCACAGAAAAACAGCGAUGGAUAAGUUCGGGCCAUCUGGCGAUGAACCACGCAGCUCCACCUCGGGAAAUGGGCGCUUUGCUUCGCAGGCUGCCACUGCCGAGGAUUUACUCAAAGCGCAAACCGUUGGCCUGGUGAAUCUCGAUGACUACCGCAAGAGACGCGCAGAGGCUAUAGAGCUCAAGGAACGCGGGAGCCCUGGCGUAAGCUCCGGUGCUGAUACACCACUAGAAAGUGCAUCGAGUCCGAAGCCAGUAUUCAAGAAGAAACGCAAGAUCGCCACCAAGGGCAAACUGUCAUUUGGACUAGAUGAGGACGAAGAAACCGACUCGUCCCUUCCCACGCCUCCCGAAGGGACCUCCGCAGACGCGUCUACUGUAAACUCCGAGGCCGAGAACAAGACUUUCAAGAACAAGAAGCUGGGGGCCAACACAAGAGUUGGUCUCAAGCCGCGGGUCAUGACAAAAUCAGCUCUCCAACGUGAAGCACAGCAGGCAGACGUUGCGCGACAAGACUUCCUGAAGUUGCGUGAACGUGUGAAAGCGACAGAGGUUGCUAUUCCGUUUGUAUUCUACGAUGGAACGAAUGUUCCAGGAGGGUUGUGCAGGGUCAAAAAGGGUGAUCAUAUAUGGCUAUUCCUUGACAAAGCCCGAAAAGUAGGCGCUGAAUUGGGCGUGGGUGGUGACAACAGUAGGAGGAAUUGGGCUAGAGUGAGUGUCGAUGACCUAAUGCUUGUGAGAGGAGAGGUGAUAUUGCCUCAUCACUAUGAGUUCUAUUACUUCUUGUUCAAUAACGUCGCUGGAUUCAACGGCCCCAUUUUCGAUUGGUCUACACAACUAUCCAAGGCUUCACCGGUCAUCAAGUCCGAUGGACAAGAAAAGAUCGACGAGUAUGACCCGCUGAACCCCAAGAAGAAUAAGGAUCAGGAAGUACGACUUCCAGACGAAGAGCUCGAGGGUUAUCAUGACGACUCUACAAUAACAAAGGUCGUAGAUAGACGAUGGUACGAGAAGAACAAGCACAUCUUUCCUGCGAGCGUGUGGGAAGAAUAUAGUCCGGAUAAGGUUUUUACAAAGGCUGGCCGCAAGGAUGCUGAGGGCAAUGGAUUCUUCUUUGCUUAGGUACAGGCGAGAUUCUUAUACAAGCAAUAUCACGCAUGAGAGAUGUGACUACCUC